AUGCACGUCCAACCAACCCUCGACGUCCUCAAAACCCGCGGCCACAACGCCAUCAGCAUCGACCUCCUCGCCAUCGACACCUCCAAGCCCCGCCCAACCUGGGAACAAGAAGUCCUCCACAUCACCAACAGCGUCCUCUCCCAACUAACCUCCGGCCGCGACGUCGUCCUCGUCCUACACUCCUACGCCGGCCUCCCCGGCUGCGAAGCCCUCAACCGCAUAGUCCAAGCCGGCGCCCUCCAACCCACCGCGGAACGAAAAGGCCGUCUCCUUAAAGCCAUCUUCUUCUACGCGCACCACGCCCCGACAGGGCUCGUGAUGGACGUCAAAGCCUUCGUCGGCCCCCAAAACCCCGCCUUCUCCAUUGACGAAAGCACCGAUCUCGCAUAUCACGACCAGCCCUACGAACUCUUCUUCAACGACAUCCCGACCAAAGAAGAAGCGAAACCCUACCUGGACGAGAUCAAGCCCAUGUGGUACAUCCCCGGGGGCGGGGCGAUCGCGUCCGACGAUUGGCAGCAGGCGCCGAGGAGUAUCGUGGCGUCUUCGAAGGAUAAGGCUUUGCUGCCGGAGAUUUUGAACCAGAUGUGGGGUGGGCACCAAGAGGAGAUUGUGUGGACUGAGACGGCGCAUACGCCUUUUAUGACGCAGCCGGAGGAGAUUGCUGAUUUGUGGAUUGAUUUGGCUAGCAAACCGUCUGGCGAGGCUUGA